AGAGCAACCGGUAAUACAGUUAGAAGGUGAAGAUGCAGAGUCUGCCUCCUCCCACUACCCUCAAAAUUCCCUCCCUUUCUUCAAAUCCCUCCCCUUCUCUCCAAUUCCCCACAUUUUCAACGAAUCGUUUGAUCCGCCAAAUCAACGAUGGCCGCCUUCGUACAGCGAUCUCAACUCUCGAACACAUGGUGCAGCACGGAACCCAUCCUGAUCUUCAAACCUAUUCACUUUUCCUCAAAAGAUGUAUUAGAACUCGUAGUUUUGAUCUUGGUAGGCUCGUUCAUGAAAACCUCACUCAGUCGGACCUCCAGCUCGACUCUGUGACUCUCAAUUCUUUGAUUAGCUUGUACUCCAAGAGCGGGCAGUGGGAGAAAGCAAAAUCCAUUUUUGAGCGCAUGGGAAAUAGUAGGGAUUUGAUUUCGUGGAGUGCGAUGGUCUCUUGCUUUGCCAAUAACAAGAUGGGGUUUGAGGCGCUUCAUACGUUUCUUGAUAUGAUCCAAAAUGGUUAUUACCCAAAUGAGUAUUGCUUUUCCGCCGCAAUUCGCGCGUGUUCCACUGUUGAAUUUGCAUCGGUGGGUGACUCUAUUUUUGGAUAUGUUAUUAAAACUGGAUAUUUUGCUUCAGAUGUAUGCGUUGGGUGUGGCUUGAUUGAUAUGUUUGUGAAGGGCCGCGGCGAUUUGGUUUCUGCCUUUGAGGUGUUUGAGAAAAUGCCGGAAAGAAAUGCAGUUACUUGGACACUGAUGAUUACUAGAUUUAUGCAAUUUGGGUACGCAGGGGAAGCCAUUGAUGUAUUUUUGGAUAUGAUAUUAAGUGGAUACGAACCUGAUAGAUUCACAUUAAGUGCUGUGAUAUCAGCUAGUGCAAAGCUAGAAUUGUUAUCGUUAGGGCAGCAGUUGCACUCUCAAGCCAUAAAACAUGGGUUGACUCUGGAUCGUUGUGUUGGUUGUUGUCUAAUAAAUAUGUAUGCUAAAUGCUCUGUGGAUGGAUCCAUGAGUGAAUCCAGAAAGAUUUUUGAUCAGAUUCUGGAUCACAACGUCAUCUCUUGGACUGCAAUGAUCACAGGAUAUGUUCAAAAAGGGGGAUAUGAUAAAGAAGCUCUUGACCUUUUUCGUGGGAUGAUCUUGACUCACGUUCUACCCAACCAUUUUACGUUUUCCAGCACUCUCAAGGCCUGUGCAAAUCUAGCCGAUCUACGGAUUGGCGAACAGGUUUUUACUCAUGCAGUAAAGCUCGGUUUCUCAAUAGUUAAUUGUGUUGCAAACUCACUUAUUAGCAUGUAUGCACGAUCUGGCAAAAUUGAUGAUGCAAGGAAAGCGUUCGAUAUUCUGUUUGAGAAGAAUUUGAUUUCUUAUAAUACGGUAAUUGAUGCAUAUUCUAAGAACUUAAAUUCUGAAGAAGCUUUUGAACUUUUCAAUGAGAUUGAGGAUCAAGGGAUGGGGGCUAGUGCUUUCACAUUUGCUAGCCUUCUGAGUGGAGCAGCCAGCAUUGGUACAAUAGGGAAGGGCGAGCAAAUUCAUGCUCGCGUGAUAAAGUCAGGUUUGAAGUCAAAUCAAUCCAUAUGCAAUGCCUUAAUCUCUAUGUAUUCCAAGUGUGGAGACAUUGAUUCUGCUUUCCAAGUUUUUGAAGACAUGGACGACAGAAAUGUCAUCUCUUGGACUUCAAUUAUCACAGGGUUUGCAAAACAUGGGUUUGCAACAAAAGCCUUGGAGCUGUUCCACAAGAUGCUCGAGGCUGGUAUUAGACCAAAUGAGGUCUCCUACAUUGCUGUUUUAUCUGCUUGUAGUCACGUGGGUCUUGUUAAUGAGGGUUGGAAACACUUCAAAUCAAUGUACGCAGAGCAUGGAGUCACUCCGAGAAUGGAACAUUAUGCUUGUAUGGUUGACAUACUGGGUCGUUCAGGAUCUCUCUCUGAAGCCAUUCAGUUUAUCAACUCAAUGCCUUUCAAAGCCGAUGCACUUGUGUGGCGAACAUUUCUCGGAGCAUGUCGAGUUCACGACAACCUAGAAUUGGGGAAACAUGCUGCAAAAAUGAUCAUCGAACAAGAGCCACAGGAUCCUGCUGCAUAUAUCUUGCUAUCAAAUUUGUAUGCAUCCACCUCGCAAUGGGAAGAAGUUGCAAGUAUUAGAAAGGUAAUGAAACAAAAAAACUUGAUCAAAGAAGCAGGCUGCAGCUGGGUAGAGAUUGAAAAUAAAGUACACAAGUUUUAUGUGGGUGAUACAUCACAUUCAAAAGCUGAGGAAAUAUAUGAUGAACUUGAACACUUGUCUUUAAAAAUAAAGAAAUUGGGAUAUGUCCCCAACAUGGAUUUUGUGCUUCAUGAUGUGGAGGAAGAGAAAAAGGAGAAAUAUUUGUUUCAGCACAGUGAAAGAAUAGCAGUAGCCUUUGGUCUUAUCAGCAUAUCUAAGUCGAAGCCCAUCAGAGUUUUCAAGAAUCUACGAAUUUGUGGGGACUGUCACUCUGCAAUCAAAUACAUUUCAUUGGCCACAGGCAGAGAGAUCAUCGUUAGAGAUGCAAACAGGUUUCAUCAUAUUAAGGAUGGAAGAUGCUCCUGCAAUGAGUAUUGGUGAUGAUGUUAAAACUUAAAACUGAAGCUGAUUUCACCAUCAUUUGGACAAUGACUGAUGCUGCAGUAACGAAACCUGGUGAUUAAAGGGUGCUCGAAAACCGACGGUCGAAAUCGGGUAUGUCUUCUUCAUCCAAAACUGGUGAUUAAAGGGUGUUCCAUAUUCAUUUUAAUUUAGAUAACCCCUCGUAGACAUGGCUUGAUUUACUUGAUUUUCUACUUUCAAUUCAUUGUCUUUAUCCUUUUUCUGAUGCAUAAAGAUGAGUCCAUAUUAGAAACGUUCAUAAAUUAAGGGAUAAGAAUGGUGAAUGAUUCUGAGAA